CUUAGUCAGUGCGUGGCCGAUUGUUGUGACGGAGCCACCGGAAAACAGCUCUUCUGGAAAGAUCGGAGGGGACGUAACACGUAAGCGGGCGACAACAACCAACAGCAAAAUAUACGAAACAAGCGAAAAAAAAUCUACCUUUUUUGACUUCCACCGUAAGUGUCCCAACGGUUCGAGCGGGAAACUUUCCAAGCCACGAGAGAAGAGUGUGUGAGGAGGGCGGCCUGCUCCUAACUGUGAAACUCGGAAACUUUGGGAGCGGGAGAGACCGGUUGAGCAGGCCGCGGGCAACUCAACAGGUUUCAGGAGGCCCCUUCAUUCACCAACCCCUCCGUACCGCUCAAGAGCGUUUCGCUGUUUAACUUCCCGUUCGCCUCUUUUGUUUUCCCGUGGAGGAGAAAGAGGAAAGAGAAAGACCCUGGUUAUAAAUGCGGUUCGGAUCCAAAAUGAUGCCUAUGUUUCUCACUGUGUACCUGAGGAACAAUGAUCAGCAUUACACAGAGGUACCAAUCACUCCAGAUACCACAUGUCGAGAUGUUAUUGGCUAUUGCAAAGAACCAGGAGAGAGAGACUGUUACUUGGCUGAGCGUUGGCAUGGUGCUGAACGUGUCAUAGCAGAUAAUGAACGUAUAUACGAUAUUCUGCAACAAUGGGGUGUUCAAAGAAAUGACGUUCGUUUCUAUCUGCGCCAUGAGCAUCCACCAAGCGCAACCAGGGAUACAGGCUGUUUGAGAUUCCAGGAUCCAACGCUGAAGAGAAAUCGAGUCCAGGGUAUUAUGGAUAGACAGGUGGAAAAUGGUGUUAGUGGGCCACGUAUGGACAUGACGCUUGCUGAACUGCAAGAAAUGGCAACUCGGCAGCAACAGCAAAUCGAUUCGCAGCAGCAACUGUUGGCAACAAAGGAACAGCAUCUGAGAUACCUGAAACAGCAGGACCAUCGAGAGCAACAGGCAGCAGAGCAAGAGAAGCUACAAAAACUUCGUGAGAUUGCUGAGUGCCAGGAAGCCAAAUUGAAGACCGUAAGGUCUCUUAAAGGGCAAGUGGAACAAAACCGACUUAGCAAUGGGAAGCUGGUUGAGGAGAUUGAACAGAUGAAUAGUCUCUUCCAGCUGAAGCAGAGAGAAUUAGUGGUUGCUGUUGCAAAGGUGGAGGAGCUCACCAGGCAACUAGACAUGUUGAAAAGUGGGAAGAUUGAUGGUUAUCAUGACAACCAAUCCGUUGUGGUUGAGCUUGAUAGACUGUACAAAGAGUUGCAGGCAAGAAAUAAAUUGAACCAGGAACAGAAUGCAAAACUUCAGCAUCAAAGAGAGUCCUUAAACAAGCGGAACUCUGAAGUUGCAUCAAUGGACAGACGUAUUGGGGAUCUGCGUGAGCGCUUGUGGAAAAAGAAGGCAGCGUUACAACAAAAAGAGAAAGUGCCAGUUUCAUCCGACAAAAAUGUCCCUCAACAAGUAGUAUCUUCUGCACCCAGCCGAGUAGCUGCAGUUGGACCCUAUAUCCAGUCUUCUACUUUGCCUCGUGCCCCUCAGAAACUUGAACUUUUGGUAAAGCCAGCUUUUCCUAAUGGAUCAUCUACUCUGCCAAACGUGCAAACACAUACAGUGAAUGCUCAGAAUCCUGCAGCCAAAUCUGGAGUUUCCCCAAUUAAAACUCCUGGUGCUUGCAUUGGGACACAAGCGCUUUUACAGACCCCACCUCAGACUCUUUCUGAAAGGAAUGAAUUGACUGUUGGUGUCCCUGUUCAUCAACCUGCAGCUUCCUUGAGUACUGGUACCUCAAACUUAGUCAGAGAAGCAUCAAUAUCCAACACAUGUCAAGUGGGUGAUGGUGAUGUUGUGAUGAGAGACAAGAAUGAUAAGAGAGUGCGUUGUUUCUCCAUGUUUGAAUCCAUGGAUCCACCAACAGGAAUUCCAUCCACUGGAACAUUAAGGAAAAACCAGAGCAGUGAGGACCUUCUGCGGGAAAUUCAGGCAGCUAACAAGAAUGUGGUUAAAGUUCCACCCCCUGUCCCUUCUAAACCAAAACAGAUUUCCUUACCUUAUUUUGGAUCAUCUAAUUUAGCUGCUAUAGCAGAGAAUAAGCCAGAAUCCAUCACACCAAAGUUAACUGGGAAUGUAGGAACCUUAGUCAAUAAAAUGAAGCCAACCCAAACUUCAGGACCACAGCACUGUGCUUCAAAUGUGCAAAUUCAUCCUUCUCCAGAGGCACCUCCUGCAGCUACCGUACGACCUUUCACCCCGCAACCAUCUAAAGAGCCUCUACCCCAACCCCUGAAAAAACCAGAAACAGUGGCUGCUAGUUCUAUUUACACGAUGUACACGCAACAACAGGCACCUGGCAAAAACUUCCAACAGGCUGUUCAGAGUGCAUUGACCAAAGUGCAGACACGGCCUCAAUUCACAAGCGUGUAUGGCAAACCAGUUAUUCCUGGAUCCUCUCUGAAUUACACGGGCAGUCAGCAUCAAAGUGACCUGGAGAUUAGUAGUAUGUAUUCCAAGAGCCAAGAUAAACCAGAUGGCCCUGAUUCCGAAACUGAUAAUGCUGCAUCUCCAUCAGAUCAUUUGGAGACUGAACGCAUUCCACGACCACUGAGCCCCACAAAGCUCCUGCCUUUCAUGUACAAUCCGUACCGAAAUCAGAGUGAUGCUGACUUGGAAGCAUUAAGGAAAAAACUGUCCAAUGCUCCUAGGCCACUGAAAAAGCGUAGCUCUAUUACAGAACCAGAGGGACCAAAUGGACCGAAUAUUCAGAAGCUGCUGUACCAGCGCACGACACUAGCUGCUAUGGAGACUGCUAGCCCAAUGCCAUUCUAUCAGCCCAAACCACCUGCUGUUUCAUCUGCAGAAAUGAAUGUUGUAGAUGAAAGCACAGAUCUCAGUAUUGAACAAGAGGAAGACACUACAGCUAUGACACAUUUUCCUCUAGAUCAGUCUGAACCAAUUCCGAAGAAGGAAACUGAAGCCCUGGACACUGAGGAACAUGUUUCAUCAUCUCCUUGUGAUUCAUCUUCUGUUCUGGAGGGUCAGAUACCGACUUCUGUGGAAGAGCACCAGAGUCAAGAUAGCCCACGCUCUUCAGAAGAAUUAACAGAAGAAUAUCCCCCAUACCCACCACCUCCAUAUCCUAUUACUGGUGAACACGAAAAUAUAGGAGAUGAUAGUUUUAAUAUGCGCCCACCUGAAAUUACUGGACAUACCACCCUGCCACCUGGAAAGAGGACAAAUCUGAAAAAGUUGGGCUCGGAACGCAUUGGUCAUGGAAUGAGGGUUAAGUUCAAUCCUCUAGCACUAUUGCUUGAUUCUUCUCUGGAAGGUGAAUUUGAUUUAGUCCAGCGCAUCAUUUAUGAGGUGGAAGAUCCUAGCCAACCAAAUGAUGAAGGAAUUACAGCCCUACAUAAUGCUGUCUGUGCAGGUCACACAGAAAUUGUUAAGUUCUUAGUACAGUUUGGGGUGAAUGUCAAUGCAGCAGAUAGCGAUGGAUGGACCCCUUUGCAUUGUGCAGCCUCCUGCAAUAAUGUGCAAGUUUGCAAAUUCCUAGUUGAAUCUGGGGCAGCAGUUUUUGCUACAACCUACAGUGAUCUGCAGACUGCUGCUGAUAAAUGUGAGGAAAUGGAGGAGGGCUAUAUCCAGUGCUCUCAAUUUCUAUAUGGUGUGCAAGAGAAAAUGGGCAUAAUGAACAGAGGAGUAGUGUAUGCUCUGUGGGAUUAUGACUCUCAAACUGAAGAUGAGUUAUCCUUUAAGGAAGGAGACUGUAUGUCAAUUAUCCGACGAGAAGAUGAAGCUGAGAUUGAAUGGUGGUGGGCACGACUAAAUGAUGGGGAAGGAUAUGUGUCGCGCAACUUACUUGGUCUUUAUCCAAGGAUUAAACCAAGGCAGCGUAGUCUGGCAUAAAGUACUUGUGUAAAAGCACUACAGAUGAAGACUAUAAACAAUGUACAUUUUUAAAUGUACCUACACCAAUUCAUAUCCAAUGGAAUGGUGGUCUCCAGCCUAAAUGAAGGAAAAUUCAGCAGACAUUGUGAAUGCUUCUGUAAUGAAGUGAAUGAUUUUUGUUGUUCAGUGUUAGUAAUCACCUAUUAUAAAUGGUGAACUGAAGGUUUUUUGACAAAACUGUUUAUUUUGGUGCAUUUUAAAGGACUCUAGAUUUAGAACAUAAUAAUAAGAGCCUUAAAGUAGAUAAAAGCACAGAUAAUUAGGAAGAGAAUCAGCUAUCUUUCUUUGUUUUCCAUCUAACUUUUGUUAAAAUACAGUUUUUUUUUUUAAUGCAGUUGUUAUAUUUGCAAGGGAGCUAAAUUGUAUGCAGGGGUUGUUUGAUAGUCUGAAUAAUCAAACUGCUCAGUUUUAAUGGAAUCUUUUUAAAGAAUGAAAUAGGAUGUUCUCGGAGCAAAAUUUGGCUUCUUGUUUAAAAUAGUUUCAUGUAGGACUGCACAAAAUUUAAACGAUUAAUGCCCUUAGCUUGGUUUGUAAACAUUCCUUGUAACUGGGAAAUAAUGAUUGUCAUCUAGAUAUCCUUCUCUUGAGUAUGAUGUAACUAUGACAUUGCACUUUCCAAAGCAUGCAUCCAGAAUUUUGAAAGGAAGGUGUGCUACACUCUGUCAAAGCUUGUUUUCAAUAUUUUCAUUAACUUAAUCUGACACAUGCUAAAUAUAGCAGUAUUUUGAAGAUGACACUACAGCUUGUCUUGUUUGAGCUUGUUUGUUUCAGGCUGCAUUAACCCUCUUUCCUUGAAUGGAGAAUUUUGUUUUCAGAUUUGAAUUCUAUGUAAUGAUUUGUGUUUAAUAAUGAAGACUGUGACUGAUAGUAUUUUAAACUUUCCAGGAAACCCAUUGAAUUGUUUAAAGGGUUAACAGUGAACGUCAUCUUUUGAAAAACACUCCGCAAUAAUAUUGCGGUCUUAAAUAUGUAUGUUGUAAUCAAUCGUAAUUUUAUAUUCAUUUUACUUCAGUUUUCCUUCGUCAGUGGAAAAUAAUUAGCUGCUAACCUGGCACAGUGUAAAACUAUUUGCAUCUUCUGUUUUAAUGCAGCUGAGAAGUUUUCACAAUCAUCUCGUUUCAUUUUAAAAGUGAGCAUUUAAUUCUCCUCAAAACCAAAAAAAUUUAGAAAAUAUUAACACCAUUAUGAUUCAAAUGGUUUUCGUUACUCCAUUUUCAGAGUGCUGGGUGGUUUUUUUUAACAUUUUCACUUUCGGACAUAUUAAGUGUUUAUGCACAAGAUUUUUUUCUGAUUUGAGAUGGAAAUCUCCCCAUGUCCCUUUGGUUUGCUAUGAACACCUUGCACAUUGAUUAGUUUGUUGCUUAGCAUUUGCCUUUCCCAAUGAUGAACAAUUAUUUAAUAAUUAAUGACCUUUACUAACCAUCUUGUCAGUUAACCUGUUGAGCACUGUCACCUGUGGUCAAAUAUAAAUUCUACAGUUCAUUUUUCUUAGAUUAAAAUUAAAAAGUAUCAUUUUUUAAUUUCCAUUUCAAAAUACAACAUUGAAUUCCCGUCUUGUAAAGAUGGGAAUAAGCAAUGCAAUCAGAAAAUAGCAUUUAUUUACAGUAUAUGGAGGUAAAAAGGCAGGAAAAUUAAUGGCCAAAACUUUCCCUUAUCUUAAGGAUACCUCAUAUCUAGAUAUUUCCGUAGUUUAUGUAGGAACAAUAAGAGAUCAUUCAGCCAUGCAAGCUUUUAUACCAUUCAAUUGGGCUAUUUUGCUUCUAUAUCCUUUAUCUAUCAAGAAUCUGUGAAUCUUAGUUUCAAAUACUGCAUUCACCUAGGCUGAACAGCUUUUUGGCAGGGAAGAAAUUGGAGAUCUCCGCAACGCAUUAUGUGAUGAUGUGCUUCCUGCAUCUCCUGAAUGUACCAGCUCUAACUUUAACAUCAUGUGGCCUGGUCUGAAUUUUUCGAAGAAUAAUUUCCAUGAAAUAUUUCGUUAUUUGGUUUAUUACUGUCAUGUGUACCAACGUACAGUGAAAAGUGUUGUCUUACUACUUUUGGAGGCAGAUCAUACUAUACAAGUGUAUCAGGAUAACAGAACAUGUGCAAGAUACAAUGUUAGAGUUGCCAAGAAGGUGCAGAGAGAGAUCAAUACUGACGUUUGAGGUCUAUUUAAAAGACUGAAAGCAGUGAGGAAGAAGCUGUUCUUGAAUCUUCUCAAAUUUAUAUUCGAACUUUUAUAUAUUUUUCCUCAUAGAGCAGGGCGGAAAAGACUAUAACUUGUGGUGGGAGGAGUUUUUGAUUAUGUUGGGCGCUUUCCUAAUGCAGUGGAGAAGUAUAGAUGAAAUCAAUGGUUGGGAGGCUGAUUUGCAAGAUGGACCAGGUUUGUGCUCAUGACUCUAAUUUCUUGCGAUCUUGGGAAGAACAGUUUCCCUAGCAUGCUGUGAUGCUCUAGAUAGGAUGCUUUCUGUGGUGCAUCUAUAAGAAUUUGAAAGUCUUUAUAGAUAUGCCGAAUUUCCUUAACUACCUGAAGAAGUAGAGGCGUUGUUGUGCUUUCUUGACCAUAGUUUCAACAUGGAUGGACUCAAACAGAUUGGUGAUUGUCACUUUCGUGAACAUGAUGAUGUCAACCAUCUCCACCUCAGCACCGUUGAUGCAGACAGGGGCAUGCCCUCCACUCUACAUCCUGAAGUCUAUGAUCAACUGCUUUGUUUCGCUGACAUUGAUUUACAUCAUGCCACUGCGCACUCUGUCUCCUUCCUGUACUGUGUGUCAUUCUUGUUUGAGAUCCAACUUACACCCAUGGUGUUAUCAGCAAACUUGUAAAUUGAUUUGAUGCUGAAUUUGGCCACAGUAGUGUAUGUAUAACAAGUAUAGUAGGGAACUGAGUACACAGUCUUGCGGAUUAUCGAGGAGGUGGUGUUGUUGCCUAUCCUUACCACAUUCUGUUGGUUAAGAAGUCGAGAAUCCAGUUAGAGUGGGGAGCAGAGACCUAGGUCUCAAUGUGUGGAGAUACAUUAUUUAUUUUUAAAAGCUAACAUUAUUUUCAAAUAACUUGAUCAGAUUGUUCCUUCUUCAUUGCAUAGACUGGCUUUUUUUCCUGUAAAUGUAAUCUUCCUUCAUAAUUUAAUCAUUUCCUGAGGUAUGCUGCCCAGAGCCUUAUGCAACUGCAGUAUAACUUCAACCUAUUUGAAUUCCAGCCCCAUAAUGAUAAAGCAUAGUAUUCUCUUACUCAUUUAAAUUAUUUUUGUACCUGUACAUUUUAGCACUUUUUUUAAAGCAGUUCUGAGAAUUGAAUCUGGUGGUCAUAGUGUUUCAGCUGUGACAGUCCUCUCUGUUGAAGAAUGCUUAUUUGGAACUACCUGUUUGCAAGGGCAGUUUUUUUCCCUGAGUUGGGUUAUCACAAAAUAUGGUGUUCAUUUCAGUAAACUUGGCAAUUUUAAAUUACUAUCAAGAUUUAGAAUGCCAAUUAGAUGCUUAAGUGACAACUGACAUUCUUAACUUUCACUGAAGUUUGCAACUUGUGCUGACAAUGUAGCAUUUUAUUUCUUAACUAUAGUUUUCAGGGUGGAUGUUUAGUUUAGGCCUAAUUACGUAGUUGGUGUACCCUUUGAGAGGUCCAAGGAUUGAAUGAAAUUGGCUGUUGGGUCUCAGCUUAAUAGUUGCAUGAGAUGCUGAUGUUGGUUGCGCCUUGACUUGAACUCUAGUAAUUGAGUGAUUCUUUGGGCUGACUCCUUUGCCCUGCUGGUAAGAUCUAGGAGAAGGAAAGGAGCAGUAUUUGUUGUGUUUGCAACAAGGCAGCAACAAUGAUUUUGUAGCUGGGGGAAACAUUCUGCAAGAAGGCUUGUUUUUAAUUUUUCUCAGUAUGCAAUUUUAAUGUCUAUGGAAUCCUGAGCAAGUUAAACUCAAUAUCUGCCACAUUCAUUAAGUAAGAAUUUCAAAAAAUAGUUUGGCACGCAUUGAGUCCCUACAUUAACACAUUUGUCAGAGGUUUAAAUAUGCUUGAAAUAAGGGAGGGACCAACAUAAUUGACAACUGGCUAAGUUGAUAUGGUUUGUGAACCAUUUUAUACCUGAAAGGUGGCAAUUAUUCAUACCAGUUCUAGCCUGCAAUAUUUGAAGGUAGACAGAGAAUUUUCUUGGUGGAACUUUCCUGUUCUGACAGACAGCAUAUAGUGGUUCUAUUCCCAUCCCCCAUCCUGGAAACACGGCCACAUUGUACUGAUGAUAGUUAGUGAUUACAGCAAUUUUUGUGUCGUCUUAACAGAAUAAAGUGGCCAAGAUACUUCAGAGAAGGAUUAUAAAAACAAAACAUGAAACCAAACCACACAACGCAAUAUUAAGUCAAACACCCAAGAGCUGGAGAAAUGAAGAGGUUUAGGGAAAGUACACAAGAGCUUAACCUUGAACACCUGAAGACAUGAUAACCAAAGACGAAGCAGUCAAAAAUAGGGUGUACUAAUGAAGACGCAUGGAGAGCAAUUUCGUGCUUGGUUAAUAGAAUAAGCUUUUUUGUUUUGCUCCUUUAGGGCAAUUCUAAUCAUUUUUUCCAGUUCCAUAUAAUGAUCUCUUCCCAUUGACAGUUUGCAAUUCUAGGAUAACUUCAUGCAGUUGAAAUUACUGUAAUUUAGUGGUGUUUUUUAAAUGUUCUGUCUUGAACUAAGAUUAUCUGCAGAGGUGAACAGGAAUUAGAAUAUCAUGAAGUUCAUUUUGAAGAAUUAUCGAAGAAUUGUAAUUUUGUGGUUCCGUGAAGGGUUAUUCUUGACCAGUGAACACUCGUGAGGUUUGAUCAUAAUUCAUUCUGCUCUGUAAUUCUAUGGCCCAUGUUUUGAAGUACAUUCUAUGACAUUUCAUGCAGUACAUGUUUAUUUUACAGACUGUGAUGACUAAUAUUUGGCAGUCAACAUUCUUUUUUUAAAUAUUGAAUCUGACAAUAAUAGUAUUUCAGCAUCAAAGUUAAAAGUAGAAAAAUAUCUGUUAGUAUGUUCCAGUAGUAUAAAUGAGUUGAUAAAUUUGAUUCUGUUCUCUUCUUUAAUUUCAUUUUGUGAUAUUUGGUAGAAAUGUACGGAAAAGAAGUAUACUUGUGGAGUGAAAGGAGCUGUAUAUUUUGAAAGCUAAAUUUCUUUCCAUGCUGGUGAAUUUAAAACACACUCUGGUUUAAUAUAUUUCUUUUUGUUUUUUUUAAGCAUAGUAAUGCAAUACUUGUGCCAGUGGGUCACCCUUGUAUGUAUAAACCUGACAGUUACAGUGCUGAAAUUGUGGUAAAUGGUUCUCCUUCAUGCGUUUUUGCUGUCAUUACUUGUUGCUCAUUUUGUUUUCGAGAAGGUGGCAUAUUGGUUUUUUUUUGAGUACAUGCUUUUCUUUUCAGAACCAAAACUCAGUGUGACAACAGAAAGGUGCAUCUGGUUGCGCAUUUGAAAUAAGCUUGUUGAAUGUUUAAAUUGUUCAUACAAUGUAAGAAAUAGUUUUUUUCUGAAUAUCUGAAGAGCUUAAUAGCUGUUGAUAUUUUCAGGAAACAGCAGAAAUAUGUUCAACUGUUUGAAACAAAGACUUUGUAUUCAAUUGCUUGGUCUCUAAGUCUUCUCUCACUUGCCCUAAAAUCAUAAAAGGGAGCUCGUGCCUCCCCUAUGACAAUAGCUCUUCAGUAAAGAAAAUGAGUCUCCACUGCACCUCCAUGAAUAUCUAUUUCUACUAAUAAGAUUCUUAAUUCUCUGCAAAUAACUCAACUCCCAUAAAAUUAUGACACCUUGCAAAAGGAAAAUGAGAAUGGGCUUAAACGAAUAUUUUUUCACUCGAUUGGGGAAAAUGGGCGUUUGCAUAAGAAUUAGUGGAAGUUCUGUAUGGUAACGCAUAUAUUAGCUCUUUUAUCUACGUAUCCUGUAAUUUCAAAUUAUGAAAUCUGUAAAUGUGGUUUCCUGUCAAUAGAAUAGAUCUUAAAUACCAAUAAUGUCAUAUACUUUAUUAAAUAUAGAUGUUGCAGAAAUAUGUUGCACAUCCUAGGAACUGUUUUCUUUUAUCAAAUGUAUUUAUUUGUAUUUCUGUUCUGUUUAUAAAUACCUCAUUGUAGCCACUAAGGGUUUAAAACAAAUCUAGUAAUGUCAAGUUACAAUUUAGUAUCCAGUUACUAAGGUCUCUCUACUGAAUUGUAAAACUUCAUUUUUCUUAUUUUAAGUUGUUUUAAACCCUAACUAUGAAUGCACCUGUUCAUCUUUCCCUUUUCAAGGUGGACUGAUAACUUACUUAUGGAGGUAGCAGCAUUUAAACUAUAAUAAAUCAUAUGUUAAACCUUACCAGCCAUGCAGAAAGUGCAAUCAAGAAACUGGACGUGUUAUUUUUUGUUCCACAGGCACCAUCUUUGGUUAUUUUUCAAAUGCUACGUGUGGAACAGGGUGAAUGAACCAAUGGGUAUUUUCUGGUCUGUCAAUGUUCUGUAUUAUGAUAAAGCAAUAAACUUGCUUGUUAUUGUAA